CAGUAGCUGGGCUCCAUCAUUGGCAUUUAAACUGUGGAAGUGGGACCGAACACAAACUAAAAAGAAAAAUUACAUUUUUCAAACAAAAAAAAAAUAUUUUCAAAAGAAAAUAGAGACAAUUUUUCAUAAUAGUUCCCCUUCUGCAGACAAAAUCUAAGACAUUCCCAAAAACUCAGUAAGUGGAAUUAGUCAAAUUCCUCCUUUCCGCGAGAAAAAGGAAUAAAUCUUCAAAGAAAAAAAGUCCUGUGAGCGAAAAAAAAGGAAAAUCUAAAAAAAAAAAUGGAAAAUUCCGGUUGAUAAAGACUCUAGUGAAGUUUUAUUUUGUGGUGUUUAAGUUGCGUGAGUGAUUUGUUGCUGGCCGUCGUUGUUGCCUAUCCCUAAAUAUCCGGAAAUCCCUAUUAUUGGAAAGUUGAAUAUUAAAUAAAGGACAAUUAUAACUUUAUUCUAAGAAAUAGACAUACAUUUAAAAAAGAACAAAAAAAAAACCUAAUUCAAAAUGGCCGAUAAGAAAAUAGCUGAACAAUAUUAUUCACCUCCCGUGAAAAUGGGCAAAUGGGAGGGUUUCAGAACAUUCCUAUGGAACAGUGAAACUAGUCAAUGCCUUGGACGGACAGGAUCCAGUUGGGCAAAAAUUUUAUUAUUCUACAUUAUAUUCUAUGCAGCGUUAGCUGGAUUCUUUGCUGGACUCCUGGCGAUUUUUUACCAAACAUUGGAAUACGAUAAGCCCAAAUGGAUGCUGGAUAAUGGAUUAAUAGGAUCAAAUCCUGGACUUGGUUUCCGACCAAUGCCCCCAGAGGAGAAUGUCGAAAGUACUUUGAUCUGGUAUGAGGCAUCAAAAGAGGACAACUAUAAAUACUGGGUUGACUACAAUGCUCAAUUUUUAAAGGAGUACGAUGAACUCCCUAAGCACAAUCAAGUCAGUUGUUCGUUCGAUAAACCACCACCACAAGGCAAGGUGUGUUCAUCUGAUCCUGAAGAAUAUGCACCUUGUACUGCAGCAAACAAAUUCGGCUUCCAUCAAGCCCGGCCGUGCAUAUUUUUGAAAUUAAAUAAGAUCUACAAUUGGGUACCAGAAAUUUACAACGAUUCUAAAUCUCUGCCAGCUCAUAUGCCUGAAGAGCUGAAACAGCACAUUACCGAAAAACAAAGUUUGAGACCACUUGAAACUAGCGUUGUUUGGGUGUCGUGUGAAGGUGAAAACCCAGCUGAUCUUGAACACAUCAAAGCUAGAGAUUAUUACCCACGAAUGGGCUUCCCUUCAUACUUUUUCCCAUAUAAAAAUGUCGCCGGAUAUAUACCACCAAUUGUCGCUGUUCAGUUUACAGUUGAAACUGGAGUCCUUAUCAACAUCGAGUGUAAAGCAUGGGCAAAGAAUAUCUAUCACGAUCGUUCAGAAAGGAGAGGAUCCGUCCAUUUCGAAUUAAUGGUUGAUUAAGAAAUGGCAGUCUAAUAAAUAAAAUUAUUUAAAACAAAAACAAUACCACAGUUUUUAAAUAAAACAGAAUAAAUAAAAAAAAAUAUAAAAAAAAAAAAAUAAAACCACACACAACACACAGACACAUUACCAAAUACAUAAUUUUAAAAUUAAAACAAAAAUAAAACCCCAUUUAUUUCAAAAAAAUAAAAAAUCACAAUAAAAUAAAAACAAUUUUAAUUUUAAAGUUAAAUUAAAAAAAAAAAAACAAUAUUUGAAUAUAAAAACAAGAACAUUGAAAAAAAUAUAAAAGUACUAUACUGCAGCAUACGGAGAAAAUGAUAGGUAAAAAUAAAAUCACUAAUAUUAGCCCGAAAUAAACAACAACAAAAAUGAGAAAUAAUAGAACAAAAAAUGAAAUAUUUAUAUAAAAUUAUAUAAAAAAAAAUAAUAAAAUCGAAAAUCAGCGCAGCGAAGAAAACAAAAAAUUACAAUUUUAAAUUAAAGACAAAAAAAUCUAAAAAAAAAAAACUUACCACUGUACUAAAUGAAAAAUUUAACAAAACAUAAAGAAUACAAGGACAGAAAAUAAAAUGAAAAGCUAGAAACAGCAUCAUUUAUAUAAAUACAGCAAAGCAUAGUGAUUCUGCAAUUUUUUGUUUGUUUCUUUAAAAUUAUAUUUAUUAAUAAAUUUAAUUUUAAAUUGAAUAUUUUCUUACCUAACUAGUUUGAUCCAUUUUAUUAGAGACAUACACACACAAACAUGAACGAGCGGAUUAAAAUUUAAAAUUAAAAAAAAAUACAAACCAAAAAAAUUAUAGUGAAAUUGUACUCACCUUUCUCAAAAACAAAACAAAAAUAAUUAAAAAAAAAAAAAAUAUACCUAAGUAAGAAAAAAAAAUAUAUAUAAAUAUAAUACAAAAAUGUUAUUUUAUUUUUUUGUUAAUUUGAUCCUCUUCCCAAAUAUUCCCCAUUUAUUCCUUUAAUGUCCUUUCCCUAAUCUUGAAAUGAAACCAAAGAAAAAAAAUAUAUAAAUUAACUGUUCCAGCACACCGCUUCCACCAUAAAAAUGCAAACAAAAAACUACCACCACCAAAAAAUAUAUAGGUAUAAAUAAUAAAAUAAUUAUAAUAUAUUUAAACAAAAAAAAAAUAACUAUGAACCUACCCCUCCCUCGCCUCCUUUUUUCCAUCCACUUAGUAUUUAAAAAAAAAAAACAAGAUAAAUAAAUUACACUUUAAUUUUAAGCAGUUAGCUUUUAAGUGAAAAAAAAUAAUAUUUAAAAAAAACUUGUAAAAUUAAGUUUAAGUAAAUAUAUAAAUAAAAAAUUAGAAAAAAUAAAACAAAUUGAAAAAAAAACAGAAAAAACAGACAUAUACAUAAAAUUCAUAUAAAUUAUAGUAAACAGAUAAAAACCAUUAAACAAAUUACACCGAAUAAGUGUUUUGAAUGAAAAAAAAAUGAAUAAAUAAUUAUUUUUAAUUUUCCAUAUAUAAAAAAAAAAUGAUUAAAAAAAACAACAACAAGAUACUGCUUUGAUUUAGAUUAUAAUAAAAUUAUAAAACAAAAAAAAAAAAAAACAAUUUUACCAAAGACAAAAAAAGUAAAUAAACUAAACUGCUUUUAUGAUUUUUUUUUAUUUUUCUUAAUUUUAAUUUUAAAUCCCAUUUUAUUUUUGUAUUAUAAAUGAGAAAAAUAUUUCCAUAAGGCCCGCUAAAACCGCAAACUGUUCUUUAAUUUUAAUUCUCUUAUUUUCUUUCAACCAAAAAGAAAUAAGAGACAUUACAUCAUUUAAAAAAAAACGCAGCAUGUUCUAUAGGAAAAUUAAAGAAAAAAUUCUUCGUACAUUACAAAACAAAAAAAAAAAAACAAAAAUAUAGUACUAAAUAUAGUUAUUAAAUUUAAAUAAAAAAAAAAUAAAAUCUGUAGAGCAGGUUAUUUAUUAAAUAAUUAUAAAUGAAAAAAAAAAAAAACAAUUUUAAUCAACUUUUAGAUAAAACAAUGAAAAAUAAAAAAAAUACUAUUUAAGAGGCAGAUUUUAAGAAAAUAAUUCAUUUUCUCAUUCGUUGUUAAAUAUUUUUAUGUUGUUUGUUUAUUUUUUUCUUUCUAAUAUUUUUAAUAAUAAAUUAUUUUUAUCUCAUUUAAUUGUUGAAACAAAAAAAUUAAAUAUAUUCAAAUAUAAUUUACAAAAAAUAAUAUAAAUCGCGUACUUAAAAAAAAAUUUUAAAACAAAAAAAAAUCACUCGAAUAUGUUUCCCCCUUAACAAAAAAAAAAAAAGAAUACAUUGUUUAUAAAUUUAACAACAACAACAAAAAAACAUAAACUACAUAAGUGGCUAAGUUAAAUACUUUAUAAAACAAAUUUCUUAUACAAGAAAAAAAAUUGUAGCUUUUUUGUUUAGGUUUUAAAAAUAAAUAAAAAAAAACUAAAAAAAAAAUUUAAAUAAAUUUAAUUUAUGUUAACAUUUUUUGUUAGCUUUUAGUGUUCAUAGAUUUAACAAUAAGAAACCAACAAAUUUAAAUUUAAAAAUAAAAAAUUUACCAUAAAAACAACAAAAAAACAAAAAAAUAAACGAGUUGGGAUAAUUUUAUAGUUUUUUAGGCGCAAAUAUUCCUACUUUGCUUUUCUGAUGGUGUGAAUGGCAAACGUUUUAAGAUCAAAAUGGGGGUUGUUUUGUUCUGGGUGCGGAUGGAGGGGAGGGAAUUAUCUUAAUGUGUUAAAACUCGUUUUAAGUAUUCACAUCUGGGAUGAAUUAUAUUCUGUCGCAGUUUUUUGGGGAAAAAUAGGUGUCUCCAGAUAUAAUAUUCAACUUUUUCCCCUGCAGUUCCCAAAAAUAUCUUCGAUAUUGUUUCAUCGAAUAAAAAUGGGUUCAUAGAUCGAUUUCAAUAAAUUUUUCAAGAAUUACUUUGAAAACAGCUUUUUUUGUGAACACGAAGCUUUCUACUGUUUCGAAGGUGUUUAACACAUGUAAAACAAAUCAUAAAUUCCUUCAAAAAAUAUCCAAUCAAAUCUUAACCUUCUAAGAUCACAACUCUUGUUUCUAGCUCAAAUUGAAAAGGCUAAGAUUUUCUGUCAAAAGAUUUUGAAAUCACAACACUUCAAAACCAAUGAAAUCCAUUUGUUCCAUUUGUGUCAAAUUUCCGAUGCUUACAAAGUGGAAACAUAUCUUGGUGCUUAAGUCUAUAGACUAUAUAAGUUAAAAUGCAUUCAAAGAUCAACUUUACUCAACUUUAGAAGAGUCAGUGUAUAUUUAGACAAUAUUUCAACAGCACUUCGAAACGGACUGUGUUUAAAACAGUUUAAGGGGAAAGUUGUUUGAAUUUGAAGAAACUUAAGAGUACAUUUCUGCUGCUUUCCUAGCCGGAAAAACUUAACAACUAAAAAUAUCAAAUAGCUAGUACCCAAUUAUUCGAAAAUAAAAAUCUUAACCUAUAAACUUCUAACAUCUUAUAAAGAGAUCACAACUCUUGUUUCUAGCUCAAAAUGAAAAGGCUAAAGAUUUCCAUCAAAAGAAUAUCAACUUAUAACUCUUGAAUACAAUCGGAAUUUUAUUUACCGAGUUCUAAUGUUUAACACUGAAAACCUUUUGUAUUGAAAAAAGUAAAAAUUCACAACUCAUGUUUCUAGCUCAGAAAAAUGCAAAAGGGAUGAAAAUAAACUGAAAAAGGACUUGUUAAAAGAGUUAAACUUAAAUCAUGCCAUAGGACUCUUUGGUAAUUGGGUUAAUUUUUUUUAGAAUGCAUUUAAAAUGACAGAAAACGACAGAACUUUUGUUAUAGGCCCAAGUGGGAAGGCUUAAAAACUGUUGUAAGAUAGGGUAAGAGUGGUGUUGUUCGAAUCUCAAGAAGAAGUCACAUUCCACAGCUUUCGAACAAAAAGUCGAACAAGUCUUAAUCUUAACAUCUUAUAAAAAGACCACAACUCAUGUUUCUAGCUCAAAAAGACAAUAAGAAAAGGCUAAGAUUUUCGACAUCUCAAAAAACAAUUUCUUUCAACGUAAUAGUUCUUCCGUGUUGUACUGAAAACCUUUUGUAUUCAUAAACAAACAAACUUAAAAAAAAAUUGCAUCUCAAUCGGCAAAUCACAAUUCUUGUUUCUAGCACAAAUACAAAAGGUAAACAAUAUAUACGCGAGACAAGAUUUUGGAGAAUGAUUUUGACCCUAAUGCAAGAACUCAUGUAAUCAUUUCAAAAAGUUUUUGAUUCUCUAUAAUCUAUAAAGAAAGGUUUUUUGUGUAUCUACACACUGCUGCUAUAUUAAAGCCGUAUAAAUUUUGUGACUUAAAAGUUCAAAUACCAAAUAACGAAGGCAACAAAAACUAAAAAUAAGUACUCAAAAACUUCUAACAUCUUAUUGUGCAGAGAUCAUAACUCUUGUUUCUAGCUCAAAUGAAAAGGCUUGAUUUUCUGUCACAAAUAAAUAACCAACUCACGAGUUUAUGAGGAACAUUUAUUGUUUUUGUACUAAUAACCUAGAUGUAUUUAAUUGCCAAAUUUCUCAUGAACUUGUAGUAAUUUGCUUGGUUUUGAGGUUAAAAACUUUUCUUUAACCGUUUUGACUCUCUACAGACUAAAACGCAUUGUUUAACCUUGCUGCUAAUAAAGCCGGAUAUUAUUUUUGAUUUAAAAGUUUAAAAACCUAUAGUAACGAUUAAUUCGAAGGCACAAAUAACUUAAUAAGUACCGAAAAACUUCUAACACUUUGUGACAGAAUUCACAACUCAUGUUUCUAGCUCAAUAUGAAAAGGCUUAGGCUUACUGUCACAAAAAAAUUGCGGUUUUUUAGACUUUAUAUCAAGGCAAUAGCAAAAAAUGCAACAGUGCGUAUAAAAAAAACGCUAAACCUCUUAUAGAGAUCAAAACUAUACAUAUUUUCCAACUGAAAAUAAAAAGGUUCAAGUUUUCUGUUAAGAAGAAAGAAUCAAAACUCUUGAAAAAGCAUUGGAUUUUCGUUCAAAGUAAACCGUUUUUACGUUUAACAUUGAAAACUUUUUGUACUGAA